AUGGCUUCACAAUUUUGUGUACCUUCAGCAGGAUUUGAAGCUAUAGUGCCUAAUCACCUAACAAACUACAUUCUCAGGUUAGAAACUCUGAGUUUUUAUUUUACAGCCGAGACCUGUGAAGAGGUGAUUAAUAUGGAUGCAGAUGAAGCUGUUUUAGAUUCCUUACAAAGAUAUCCAUUAGAGGAAAACAUACAGGAAUAUGGUGUAAGAAUUAUAUCAAACCUAGCUUCAAUAGAGUCAACCAGCAGUGAGAUUAACAGUAGAAGAGUUUUAGAUAUUUUAAUGAAGAUGUUAACUAACUACUCUAACAGUCUGUGUAUCUUGGAACAUACCUUUGUUACCAUUGGACAAACUGUACUCACUUUUGAGGACCAGAAGUAUUUAUUAGAAUCAGGUGGAAUCACACAAAUCAUCAACACCAUGGAGAAAUUCAAUGAACACUCUACUAUUCUAGAACAUGGCUGUCGCAUUAUUGGCAACAUGGCUGUUUUCGAGAAAUUAAGAAGCAAGGUAGAAUGUUACGGAGCCUCUAAAGCAGUGAUCAAUGCGAUGUUGUUAUUAGAUCAGGUAUCAGAGAUACAGCUAUGUGGGUGUAUGGCCCUGAUGAACCUCACUGCUAACGUCCGAACCAACAAAUUAAACCUACUGAAACAUGGUGGAGUUUCAGCCAUUUUGUCGUGUCUGAAUAAUUUCUCUACAGACUCUGAAAUAUUACUGACAGCUCUGAAAACUCUGACAAACAUCAUUAGUCUUGAAAAUGCCUGUCAAAGUGUUGUUGAAAAAAAUGGUGUUCACCUACUCCUGUCACUUGCCAACACAACUAACUUUGAACCAGAAAUAUAUAGUUAUAUAGCUACAGUUCUUAGUGGUCUCACUAGUUUAAAAGAACUAGAGUUUGAUAUACUAGAGAAUAUAGACACAGCUCUGAUAAAAAUAUUAAACCAGUACCCAGACAGCGCUGAUAUCACUCUAGCGUUUUGUCAGACCAUGGAAAAUAUUCUAGCCUCAGAAUUGGGAAGAAAGAUGUUUAUAUAUGAAGAUAGACUCUCAUUAAUAUUAAAAUAUACAACACAAUUUAUAUACCAUAGUCACAUACAACAAAUAGGCUGUAAAAUAUUAGCUAUUAUAGCCAUGGGUGAUAUGGGUAGGAUAGUUGAAGAAGAGAAUGGAAUCAACCAAAUAAUGAAAAGUUUAAACCAACACCAGACUGAUUCCAGAUUACAUGUUCUAGCCUUGAUGAUACUGGCUAAUCUAUCUUUCUCAGCAAAAAAGGAAGACAGCCAAGUUAUUUUCGAAAUAGUUCUCAAAACAAUGACACAGUUUACAGAGAAUGUAGAGAUACAGAGCUAUGCCUGUCAUGUUCUCUGGCGUCUGCCAUUUUCUUACAAUACUGACCAACUGAGUCGAGUUUUAAAUUCAAUCAGGAACACUUUAAAAAGACACUCUCAUGAGGCGGAGGUUGUAAAAACAGCUGGUAAAGUUUUACACAAGAUAUCACAAGAUGGCCACCAAGCAGAAGUGGACAAUGUUUUAAAAUCUCCAUCAUUACCUCAACUACCAGAGUUUUUUUGGCAAUCUGUGAAGAGUGUUUCAUGA